AUGCGAAUACUCAGACUUGCUGGAUUAUGCGGGGUCUUUAGUAUACUAAAGUACACACUAGCACAUACACUUGAAGAUCAGCAGUAUGAACCAACACCACAAACCACAUUCUUGCAUCCGAAACCUCUGGAUCCGUUUAUAGCAAGUCGUAUUUACGAAUACAAAACCAAGAUUAAAGAGAUUGGUUUUGCAUUAAACCUAAUCGAGUCACUAGGCACUGCCGUUGUACUUGAAGAUGCCGAGGUAUUUUCUCGGUUGGUUAAUUUGAUCAAGUAUAUUGACGUGGAGCAAGACAUUGACGUAUCUGUAAUGGAAAUAAAUACUCGUAUCAUUGGAGGAUUACUCUCAGCGCACAUUUUAAUAUACCUUGACGAAUCAUUCAACCAGGAAUACGACGAAAGUUUGUUGGUCGUUGCAAUAGGCAUUGCUAAAAAAAUACUUGCGGCUUUUGACACACCCACUGGAUUGCCUUAUGAACAGUUUACAUGGCUUAGUCAUUUAACAGAUGAUCCCAUCUAUGAGCAAACUGCUCGCAAGGCUAUAAGAGCUAUCUGGGAUCGCCGUUCUAAACUCAACCUUUUUGGAAGUCACAUUGAUGUUGUUAGCGGAGAAUGGAUACAUCCAGAUUGCUUUCUUGGCGGGGGAAUAGAAGGCUUUGUUGAGUAUCUACUUAAAACACAUAUUUCAUUUUCCGACGAAAAAGAGUACGGGAUCAUGUUCAAGGAGAUUUAUCAAGCAGUUAAGCUUUAUAUGCAAAAGUCUGAUCACCAAUAUGCAUCUGUAAAUUUGGAAAGUGGAGCUACCAUAAGUUCAAAACAAAUGUUUUUUGAUACGAUUUGGCCAUCUAUACAAGUGCUAUCGGGAAAUAUUCUUGAAGCAGAUCAGGUUUGGAAACAUACAGCACGAUAUCUUGCUCUGUCACCGUUUCUUCCUGAUACCACGAGUAUGCCAAGACAAGACAAUGCAGAGACGGAAAAUGAAUAUUUACUUCAAUCAGAAACUGCAGAGAGUCUGUGGCAUCUGUAUGCGGCAACAAAAGACGAGAGUAUUCUUGAAAUGGUAUUUGAAUUGAUCGAUCGAUUAAAUAUGCUUACCAGAACAGAAUGUGGAUUUGCUAGCAUUUCUAAUAUUGUGAGUUUGGAGAAAAAAGAUAAAACACCUCUUGCGUUUAUUUCCAAAACACUCAAAUACCUUUAUCUUAUAUUGGAUCAAAAAAACGAGUUUAAUGUUGGAAACUAUAUAUUUAAUGCCGAGGGUCAUGUUUUUCCAGCAUAUGAUACAUUCCGCACAUUAUUUCAUCCAAAGUCUGAUGAUACCUCGACAGCUGACCGCACACACAAAAAAGUAUUCUCCACUACACAAUCGAGCCAUCAUGACGAUAAAAAUGAUGCUUUCUUGGCUGGGAUAAAGUUAAACAUUUGCCCAAUCGGUGGUUAA